AUGAGAAAAUAUGUCGAGGAUGAAGAUGAGGAGGAUUUUGUCCCCUUCCACUUCCAACCUCUGAACCCCCAUGCCUUUAAUGUAUUUUAUGAGACACCCGGCAUGGAUGUAUUGUCUGCUAAAAUAUUCAAAAGUCUCCCAGAGCUUAAGGAGAUGGUGUUGGAGAUCCGAGAACGUCUCAACGGUGUUUUAAAUGGUGAUGUGGACGUGCAGUCUUUCGAAGCAAAAGUAAAAGAACUUUUCAGCAGACCGAAUUUUUUAGAGGCGGUUGAUGAGUCUCUCCUGGAGAGUCAUCAUUAUUUGGUUGUGCCUUUAGAAGAAUAUAUCACAACAAAAGACGCCCAAGAUCGAAUGCUUGAUGUUAAGCAGGAUCCAUCUUUCAAGCCAUUUUUAGGAUGGACGGAACCCCUUGAUGUUAUAAGGGGAACGUUGUGCAUCCUGUUCGGGUACUGGAAUGAUAAAGAGUUCGAUCGUAUAUUGACUGAGACAAGAGACAAAUCUUGUAGACUUAGACUGGCUGCCAAAGAGCGUAAUUGGACUCGGAUUGAUAUGAUUAGUGAUAUUCAUUACCCAGCUAAUCUUAAUGGCCUGAAACAAGCUCUGGCUGACAAAUACGGUGAAGAGUCAUAUUUUUAUAAGACUGCUGUUAAAACGAUUGAGGGAAACAAAGCGUAUUUUGAGAAGAGGGUGACACCAUCCAUUCACUUGUUAGGCCCUGAUGCAAAGGGCCAUGAGAUUGUCUUCAUGCUAGUGAAGUGGUGUGCUGAUGACAUCUUUUAUUUGUGUGAUACUUGUAUCAAAGUGAUCUUUUAGUUCAUAGUAUGCUAACUUGAUGGCUGUAAAUAUUCUACAAUUGAUUGGUCCUAUUUUAUAUUUUUGUGCUUGUUGUUCUCCCGAUCUGAUACUGAAUAUGAAUUUUGUGCCCACACUUGGAAGAGCAAUUUUAAUGUUUUACGUUAUGGCGAUACAUGCAGAUUGUGGCUUUUGCAUCUCUAGACCACUUUUUGCUUUAUUAUGUGCAUAUGUAAGUGAACAAAAUUUCAAUUUUUGCUUUAUUAUGUGCAUUAUGCAA